AUGGAGAGCUCCGUCGUAGUCCGUCGUGAAACCAACGGAGACGGCGACCAGGGAGGACGAGAAGCUGCCCUCUUCGCACAGAUCAAAGUUCUCACCUUGAAGCUUCUAAGCCUAUCGCAAACCCCUCAUAAGGAUCCGGCCGUGAUCCCAAAGUUGCCCAGCCUCCUCCGCCGUACUCCUCUUUCUACAGUGUUUCUUCCAGUAAAGUAUCCUCAAAAGUCUCCACCUUUGGUUUUCGAUGUUGAUAAAGUUUUUUUUUUCAAUGUGCGUUUCAGCUACACUUUGUUGCCUUUGCUUCUUCUGCUAGACGCAGCAGUAGCUUGCAAAGUCAGGGAGAUGAUGAUGUUGUUCCUUACAGAGUACCGUGCUGAGAUGUCUGUCUAUGACAAUGGCGAGAAGGCAACUUUUGUGCUCCUUUGUGAUACUGGUCCUGAGCUAACAUGGAGGCCAGUGGGGACAUUGGGUGCUAACCAUGAGAUGCCAACUCUACAAUGUCUGGUGGAAGUCUCCAGCUACAACUUUACAGUUAAGAGGACCAUAACUGUGACAAAUGUUGUUUCUCCUGCAGUUCUGCCACCAUUUGUGGUAGCAGAAAACAACCCGACGCAAUCGAUGAAACAACACAUGCUCCUGGAGUAA